CUCCUGCUGCCCGCCCCUCUGCUCCAGGCCUCGGCAGCUUCCUCCAGCAGCGCCCACAACCGCAGCCCGGUGCCCAUCGGCGAGGCUGAGAAGAGGUACAAAGUACCUGGCAGUUACAAACCUUCCAAAUUCGACAAAAAAAUCCUCAUGUGGACAGGACGCUUCAAGACUGAAGAAGAGAUUCCCUCAAGGAUCCCGCCAGAAAUGCUGGACAUUGCAAGAAAUAAAGCUCGAGUAAAAACCUGUUACAUAAUGAUAGGACUCACAAUUAUUGCCUGCUUUGCUGUUAUUGCAUCAGCUAGAAGGGCUGAACACCACCAGUCUUUAACAAGCUGGAACCUAGCAAAGAAAGCAAAGUGGCGUGAAGAAGCAGCAAUAUCAGCAGAGUCUAAGACUAAAUAAUUUUUCUGCUGAAGCCUGUGAAUCUGCUAGUAGAAGGAAAAACCACAAAAAAGCCAGUUACUUGGCAUAAUUAGCCAGUGUCUUAUCUCGUUAGACUUACAAAAAACCAUUAACAUUGGAGUCCAAUGAUGUAAUACAGUACUCACAAAAAAUUUUGGGAGGGAAGGGAAUAGGGUUUCUUUUUCUACAUUUAAACAGAUAUUUUUGGUACUUGCUGCAUAUGACCAAGGUCAGUUCAAACCUUUAGAAAGUUCUAAUAAUUCUAUUUUCAAGUCAUCUAUUUUGACCUCAAUUUGAUAAAAGCAUGUAACUGUCCACAAGACAGAACAAUCAACCAACCAACCUUGUCUUGAAAUAGCUUCCUGCUAGAUUUGAUUUUGUACAUUGUAUUAAAGACACAAGAUUACUGACAACAAUUUUCAUUUAAAAAAUGUUACAUAUUAAAGCAGGGUCGGUAAAAAUUGUGCAAGCCACAACGUAUUUAAAUAUCAAGGAAGCCAGUGAGCAUUUAACUUUUGUUCUUUCGAAUUUUUAUUGAUCCUACUUACAAAACUCACUUCUGCAAUUCUAUGUAGAGGGAAAAAUUAAUAGCAUCACUACAGUAUUUGCUGAAUCUCAUUUACUGCUAGAUCAUGCAGAACUGGCACAGCUUACUUAUGCAGUGUUGUAGCAAUGUCAGUGGCAGAUAAAGAGGAUGGGAGUGAGAAUCUUUUAUUGGAUCAAAUCUCAUUACAGAAGUUGAUCCAAUACAAUAUAUUAUCUAAGCUACUUUGUCUCACUAAAGUUUAUAACAUUCCCACCUUGUCUUGCUAAAGUUUACUUAGUUAUUUUGCAAACUAAAACACAAUAGACAGUAUUUUAGUCUCUAUAGGCUUUUCCUCUAAAAAUUCUUGGGAACUCCCAUGAAAUUAAUUUUGCAAGAGAAGAAAGGAUGGACAACGGUGAUGGCCAGAGGUAUGUGAUGUUUAUGGAGGAAAUAUUUUGAUACUCGUUUUAAAAGUAAUUUCAUGCAAUGUCGUGUUUAACCUCUUUCCAUCCUCUUCUCAAAGCUCAUUUUUCUGGCCCAACAUACCACUCUAGUAUGGAAGUCAGCUGUAGAUUUUACUGAAUUCAACUCUUAAAAAAUAACCAAUAUAAAUACACUCUCUAUAUUAUACUAAGAAUCGAGACUAAUUUUAUAAUAUUAAUAAAUGCAAUAAACUCACCUCUUUGUAAAAUAGCUUUUAUUAGUUUUUGUAUAGUAUUCUGAAUUGAAACAUUCCAUAAUAUUGCAUACUGUUCUCGUGUUGGUUUGUAAAGGUACACAAUAAUGGGCCUUCAGUCUGGAUUAAAAGAUGCACUAUCACUCUACUUAAAGUCCAUAUAGACAUUUUAGAUCGCAUAAAGCCAUAAUGCCACGAGAAUGAAAAAUUUCUCAUUUAAGAUUUUAAUUAAACUUUUAUAGUAAUUUCCUGUUAAGAAGCAGGCAUUUUAUCCUGCAUAUCAAUUUGCACUUCAAAAAAAAUUUAUAUUUUUGGUAAAACAAAAAUCCAGUUGAGAACUGACUGUGGAGGAAAAAGGAUAGUGCAUCUUUUACACAGACCCAACAGAGAUCAUUUUCCAAACUUGUUCUACAGUAAAGUUAUGUCUGCACCAACAUUAUUAUUGUUUUCCUCUUCUGAUUGCUGCUGGCAAUAGUGUUAAAGCAAAUACUAUAAAAUUAAACAGCAGUAUGAACAAAGUUCUUGAAGACAAAAAGUGUGAUGAUAAAAUUCAGUAGAAAAUUAAGAUUUAGUGUCAAACAUCUUAUAAAAUUAAAAGACUUAGCAUUGUUGCAUAGAUUACCUUGUCAGAAUUCAAAUUCAAACAGAACAAAUAGUUCUCUAUUUUGAACAACACUUUUCUAUUGAACAAGCUGAAUAACUAAGAGGGACACAUUAGUGCUUUGUCUUUUAUUUAACUCCCCCACCACCCUCAAAACAACAACUUGUAAUAGUCUUUUAGAUAAAACCAUUAUGGAAAAAAAAUCUAUUUAGCAAACACAGCCCUUUCUCAGUCCCCCAGCCCUAAAUGCUUUCUACAGAGCAGAUUUUUUUCUGUCAGCUUCAUUAUUUUCCUAAGCAUCACUGAUGCCUUCAGUAUCACUUCUUACAACAGGUGUUAACUUGUGAAAACACUCUUAUUCCAUUAUCAUUCAUUAACCAUAAGUUAUUUUUUUAAAGUGUUCCCAGUCAGACUGGUCUAUGUUACAUAUACAUGCACAAAGCAACAUAAUAGGAUAAUGCCAGAUUAACAAUUUUAGGGUAAACCAAUUGCUGAGAUUAAACAACUAGUGUCCCUUUCUGCAACCAGAGUCCAUCAAUUUUAGAUCCCAUUUAAACUAAAAUCCCUACUUGGAACAUACCAGAGGCAUGAAUUUGUAAAUACAUAGUGCAGUCACUGUAACUACUCAGAAAUAUACAAUAAUAUAUCCACAAAGAUAAAGAAAUCCUCUCAAACAAGUAUAAUACUGGUUGGAACUCCCUGAUAUGGCACCCUCAGGACCUGAAUUAGAGUUUGCCAGACCAGGUGAGGUCAGUGUUCCCCUGCUGGUUACUGGCCCACACUUCAGCACCUCUCUGGGCUGGGGGGGGGGGGGUUGUCCUGGACAGGGCAAGGCUCUCCCCAGCUGCCAUCACAGCUCACUAGGCUAGGGCUGUCCAGCUCCUGCAGGACUCCCAGCUGGGCUCCUGCUCCCAGCCUCUGGUGCACUUCGGACCAGCAACAUCCAUGGUCUUGCCAAACCACAUAUGUUGCCAGAUCAGAGAUCCUGGAUUUGGGAGGUUAAAUAUGUACUUUAAAUGCCCCUCCCCCCAUUUCCAAGUCUUAAUUAGGUUUAGGUUUGUUUUUUAGUUAAGCCAAAUCUAAACUGCAGAGGCUUAUAAAUGCAGCAUCUGCAGGGUCCUCAAAAUAAAAACAGGCACAGCUGGCUAAGUAAUAUCAAAACAAUGUUUGUUAGAGACAGUGGAAUACCCUGUUACCUGAAUAUUUAUACGAUUAUUCUUGUAUGAAAAAAAAACUUGGAAAUUCAUCAUCAUUUAACUGCUAAUCCUGUAAUUUCCAACAUUACCCUGAACUUUGAAGAGAUGAUGGGGGGGGGAGGGGGGGAGCAAGUAUACUAAAAGACUCAAACAAUCACAAAAAGGGGACAAAUACAAUUCUCAAACAUUGUUAAGAAAAAAUUGGCUGAGCAUUGUGUACACUAUACAAACUUGCUGUAUUCUGUACAAUCUAGGUUCAAAGUGUUUGAUAAAUCUUUUGUUAUACAGAAUUUGCAAAACAACAGUACUCCUAUAUUCACUCUUUUCCUCAUAGCAUACCUUUUAUUUUCAGGAGAAAAAAUUCAAAUAAGGAUGCAAUUUUUAAAUUGUAUCUUGCUACUGACACAGUCAGUUGUUAGUAUCUUCAAAGCUGUUUCAAUUCUCCCCUUGAAACUACUAUGCAACAUACAGUGCUUUAAUAUUCCCAAAGUAAAACACAUUAUACAUGGUAAAUGAAAAUAGUAUUUGCACAUUUUAUAAACAAGUUAAAAUCCAGAAUAGUAUAUAAAUGAUACCAUGCUGUGAUCUGGAUCUCUCAGUGUAUCAACAUGUUUCGUGACAGGCACACUAAAAUGGGAAGAGUUAUUUUAACUCUCAAAAUUUCAACUAUUGUACAUGGUUUAAAUAAUUUAAUAGGUCAAAGAAGUUUUCACUAUUAUUUCAACACAACAUAUGACUAACGUUUAACAAUAAUACUUUCCUUAAUUCAAAUUCAGACUGGUUACUGGUACGUGAGACAAGCAGUGACUUUCUAAAUGUACAAAAAAUACCUAGUGUAGUUUUUCAAAGCAUAUAGAAGAAUUGUUUUAAAUUCUUAAUUAUUUCUUUUAGUGGGCAAUAGCAAAAAAGACUAGGUGUUUUGGAACAAAUAUUUAACAGAUAUUUUCAGAUUAAUUUUCAUGUUCAUUAGUCAAUAUUUACAACACAGCAAACCUUUUUCAUUCAAUCAAAUGGAGAAAAUAGUUUCUCCCCCAACUGCAGCAACAAUAUGGAUUGUAACAGGGCACAUUUCUAUAGCCUUGCCUAAAAUAAAGAAAAUGAAAACAUUGGACUUAAAAAAAAAAAA